GACAGUCUACGACGAUUGCUUGAUAACAACGGUGCUAAACUUGUGCAAGUCGCAAUCAGUAUGAGACAACUGGUUGUUUUAAGUUUGAUUAUAGUGAUUGUAUCAACCGCUCCACCGCCUUCAACUUUAACCUGUUCAAGGCAGGACCAAGAUCAAGCAUGUCACAUCGAAGGGCUUACACUCGACCCCAGCAUCGUCUUUCCAGAAGAACCCAUCAUCCAUCUGGACAAUUGCACCGUUGAGGACUUUUCACCGCAACUGGCAGCCAACGUCCCAGACUCAACCAAGGAGCUUUCCAUCCUGGACGGUUUCGCCCCCAAGGUCUUCAUCAAGCCGACGCUCAAAUCUUUCACCGUUCUUCGAACGGACACGGCUGACGUGCAGAUCAACCCAGAAGACAAUUUCAACCUUGAAGUGCUCGAUAUCGAAGGGCAUUUGCGAUCCGUUCCGGUCAAUGUCCACCGCCUGAAGGCAUUGGUUGUGCUGGAUUUGUGCGAAAACGAAAUCGAGCAGGUGGAUCUGAGUCAGCUUGAUGAAUUGGGCUCGCUAAGGAAGGUGAACUUGGGCCACAAUAAUAUCCAUUCGGUUAGUUUGACGAAGGAACUGAACCUGCCGGGCCUGGAGGAGCUUUUCCUGCAUGGAAAUGACCUGACGACGUUGGAUCUGACCCAUUUGAAGGCGGAUAGUUUGCAGCGGUUGUACGUUUCUCAGAAUCAUCUGCUUCGGAUCGGGGGGUUCCCCGCUCCGGAGCACAACAAGCUGACGCGGGUGGAUUUGUAUCUGAACAAGUGGAACUGUGAGUGGUUGGAAAGUACGCUGCGGGUUUUGAAUGGUAAUGGAGUGGAAACGUUGAGCUACUUGCCGGUGACGGUUUGCAACGAGAGUGGAAGCGUUAGGGUCGAUGCGAUUGGAUGCGAAUGAGAUAACGCGAUAAGGUGGAUGUUUGUCAGCUUCUGAAUUUGGAAAUAAACAAUCGAUGAUUUAUUAUCACUAUUUGGGGUUAUGUUAUUACAAAGAGAAAUAGCGAAUUUGUUUGCCAUACUUAAAUAGUGUUGAUAGCCGUUUAUUAUUCAUGCUUCAAUUCCUUCUUGCAACUGCUUUUUCCUGUUUCUGUUUGUACCUAAAAAAUUCUAUAACUAGCGCAUUUACCAGAUGGUUUGAGCUCACCUCCAGCCUGCGUUCAUGGAAUC